CUGCUGCUGCUGCGCAGUCGAGUUUGAAGAGCACCCUGUCAACCUGCUUUUGUGAUCGUCACUGCAGUUUUAAAGCAGAGAAUUAAAGCAGCACUCGCUCGACUGUGCAGCAAAUUGACUGGAGUAUUGAACUAGGAUAACGACGAGGUGUGACGCAGUGCAGGGAGAUGGACCUGGACCUUGUGAACAUGUUUCUCAUCGCGGGCGGCACGCUGGCCAUUCCCAUCCUGGCAUUCGUUGCUUCCUUUUUGCUGUGGCCUGCGGCUCUCAUCAAAGUCUAUUAUUGGUACUGGCGGCGGACGCUGGGACUGCAGGUGAAGCACGUGGAGAGCAGCGGGUAUCGCUUCUGUUACUCGUACCGCGGGAAGCCCGGGACCCGGCCCUCCAUCCUCAUGCUGCACGGCUUCUCUGCGCACAAAGACAUGUGGCUGACCGUCGUCAAGUAUCUCCCGAAGCACCUUCACCUGGUCUGUGUGGACAUGCCAGGACACGAGGGCACCUCCCGCACCUGUGCUGAGGACUACUCCAUCGAGGGGCAGGUGCGGAGGAUACACCAGUUUGUCGAGUGUAUCCGCCUCAAUAAGAAGCCAUUUCACUUGGUGGGCACCUCAAUGGGAGGGAAUGUGGCUGGAGUCUACGCUGCCCGCUACCCCUCCCACCUCUGCAGCACCUCGCUCAUCUGUCCUGCAGGUCUGCAGAUCCCCAGUGAAAGCAAGUUCGUGAAGCAGCUGCAGGAACUCCAGGCAACACAGAACAUGUCGGGGAUCCCUCUUAUCCCCUCCACCCCUGAGGAGAUGGAGGACAUGCUGAAGCUCUGUUCCUACGUGAGGUUCAAAGUGCCACAGCAGAUUCUGCAGGGACUGGUAGAUGUUCGAAUACCACACAAUGAUUUCUAUCGUGAAGUGUUUUUAGAGAUUGUGGGUGAGAAGUCGAGACACUCCCUGCAGGAGAACAUGCACUUGAUUACCGUCCCACUGCAGGUGAUCUGGGGGAAACAGGAUCAGGUGAUUGAUGUCUCCGGGGCGACAGUUCUAGCCAGCGGCGUUCGCGGCUGCCGCGUGGAUCUGCUGGAAAACUGCGGUCACUCCGUGGUGAUGGAGCGGCCCCGGAAAACAGCAAAGCUCAUCCUGGAAUUCCUCAUUUCACAGCAGGACAGCAGCAGCAAGAAGAUCUCCUGAGCAGAGCUGCAACUCCACCCCUCUUGCUGGCCUGCUUGCCUGUAAAUAUUUUGUAUGAACAAUCUCUAAUAUAUUUCUCUGGUUACAGGGGUCCAAGUGCCGCUGACCCUGAGUUAAGUACUGUAGGAUUUCACUAAGCCUUAGCUGCCAUGUGUAAAGUGUAACUGCGGAGUGUAGACAAAAGGAGACGAAGUGGAACUGACAGGACUUGAAAAUCUGUUAAUAGAAGGGGAGUAAGGCAAGCUGCUGGGCUGCCCUGCAGACCCAAACUCCCCUUGCAACUGGAACGCAUUACAAUGGACACAUCUCUUUAUUAUAAUAAUAAUAAUAAUAAUAAUAUGUCUUCCAUUUACCACUUGGCAGAUCAGGAGACUAAUAAAAAGAGGGCUGCAACAUUCUCAGUGGCUACGAGUGAUACCCUAAAUGAUAAACACACAAGCUUGGUUGACGACUCGUCAGUACCACGGACCACAAGGCACACGGUACCAUAACUCUGGGAAACCAGCUGUUCAUCCAGCGCUGAAGGCAACAGACAGAAACAGUCAGAAGUGGACCAUUUACCGAACUAGACUCUGACUGAACAGGAAAGUGACACACUCGUCGAAUUAAGGGUAAAAGCCGCCCUACCCGAACCGAAGGAAGAGGCGCUCCACAAGCUCCUGCCAGGGGACUGGGUGAUCAUCAAAGACCUCCGCCAAAAGCAUUGACAUCAACAACGCUGGACAGGUCCGUUCCAGGUGCUCCUGACAACGCAGACAUCGGUGAAAGUCAUUGAACGAUCAACAUGGGUCCCCGCCAGCAUUGCAGAAAAGUGCCCUACAGCCCGAAGGGAGAUGUAUUGCCCCCUGGAACAACAUAGACGGCUUGGAUGGCCUUGGGACAGUCAGCUUUGGACCCCCAGAGACCUGACUUAUUUUUCUUGGCAGAAUAUUAACUGUGUCUUUCAUCAGUCUCUUAACUGAACUUAAAGAUAAUAAAAAAAGAGCCAGAUAUUACAAACCGCAGCCACG